CAGGAGCACAGAGGCAGCGUCAAACCUUUCGUCAACUUCAACGCCAAACAUGAUGCUGAAAUCCUUCAUAAAGCCAUGAAAGGAAUCGGUACGGACGAGGACGCCAUCCUCAUGCUUCUGGCAGCACGCAGCAACGAUCAGCGGCAGCAAAUUAAAGCAGCGUACAAAAAGGCCUACGGAAAGGAUUUGGUCAGUGCAUUGAAAUCAGAGCUCGGUGGGCUGUUGGAGAGUCUGAUUGUUGCCUUGAUGACCCCUCCCUCCUUAUAUGAUGCUACACAGCUACACAAGGCUCUCAAGGGCGCCGGGACUGAUGACGACGUGCUGAUUGAGAUCCUGGCCUCCAGGAGCAGAGAGCAGAUUAAAGAUAUCAUCAAAGUCUACAAGAAAGAGUUUGGCGGCAAGCUUGAGAAAGAUAUCUCCGGUGACACCUCAGGGCACUUUCAGAAACUACUGGUGAUCCUCCUGCAGGGGAGCAGGGAGGAGGGAGUGGACGAGGCAAAGAUCGAGAAAGAUGCUAAGGACUUGUACGCCGCUGGGGAGGGAAAGUUUGGCACGGAUGAGGAAAAAUUCAUCACAAUCCUUGGCAACAGGAGCGCAGAGCAUCUCAGGGAAGUGUUUGAUGCGUACAAGAAAAUCUCGGGCUCUGAUAUGGAGGACAGCAUUGAAGGAGAGACCACAGGGAAUCUGGAGAACUUACUGCUAGCUGUUGUGAAAUGUGCCAGGAGUGUACCAGCGUUUUUUGCUGAAGGCCUGUAUAAAUCAAUGAGGCGCGCUGGAACUGAUGACGAAACCCUGAUGAGGAUAAUGGUGUCGAGGAGCGAGGCGGACAUGUUGGACAUCAGAGCCAGCUUCAAGAAGAUGUAUGGAGCCUCUCUUUACUCCACUAUCCAGGAGGACACAGGUGGAGACUACCAGAAGGCUCUGCUCUACCUCUGUGGUGGGAACGAUUAAUAUUUUUGAAGCUGUGUUCAGCAGCGGGACGAGUGAACGAUGAGCCCUCUGUGUUGCAGCGAGACAAAGCAUCACUCGACACGAGGUCAUUGAUCCAGAGUUGCUGAUUCUUUCCAACUUUCACUUGCUAUUGAUUGAAUUAGUGUGAAAUACUCACCUGUCACUUUGACUUAUUAUAAUAGGACAGACAAAAAAAAAAAAA